AUGAGGUUCUCACUCCCAGUCCUCGCACUUACUGCUGCCGCCAGCGUCUCCGCCGCUGAUUUUUACGCUGCCUACUUCCCUACCAGCGAUUGCUCUGGGGAUAACAAUGGUGCCAAUAUUUACCAUGACGGCACCUGUGUCAACAAAGCUGUUGCUGGCUCCGGUUCUAUCCAACUGUUUGGUGACAGCUCUUCCAUCGCUGGCUGGACUGGAGCUGACUGCACUGGUGAAAUCGCCAUCCGAGCGUCAGGGUGGACUUGUGCGGCCCUGACCGGAACUGCUGUUGCCAGCUGGUCCACUGUUUAG